AUGUCUGAUAGGAAUGAGGACGAAGCUUCAUCGUCAUCAGCUGUAUUCAGAUCUCGUAGAGGGGCAAAAAGAAAUGUAUCAUCAAGGCGAGAGCGUAUUUCUAAUUCUUCUGAUUCCGUGGAUUCAGGAGAAGGUAGCAACGAAAAGAUAAGAACUGUAGGUAGUCGCAAAAAAAGGAAAAAUCCAAUGAUACAGUCGACUGUUCGACGAAAAAUUUGCAGAACUAAAAAUAGUUCAUCAAACAGCUCAUCAUCAGGUGAAGACGACAAAUUAAUAAGAGAUGAUCCAUUGCACGUUGUAUACAAGUCAAGUGGAACGGCGGAACGUGCUGGACCGUCAGAUAUGGGUGCAACAGCAGUUAAUGAAAUCGAUACUGAUGUUAGUCAUGAUGCGCAAGCUCAGUUUGAACGAGUACAGCAAGUCUUGAAGGAGGGACUUGAUGAUAAAGUUUAUCGUGGUGCAGCUCUUUACGGAGCGAAGGAGAAAAAGGAUACAGUAUGGGGGAACGCUUCAUCAGGAUUGAAUCGAUUUGGUCCAAUACGAGCACCGAAUUUUCUUAGACAGUCAGUGAGAUGGGACUUUGCACCGGAUAUUUGUAAAGAUUACAAGGAGACUGGAUUUUGCACUUUUGGAGAUUCCUGCAAAUUUCUACACGAUAGAACUGAUUACAAACAUGGUUGGGAAAUGGAACGCGAUUAUACUUCUGGUAGAAUGAAUGAAAAUGAUGCAGAUAAAUAUAGAAUAAGCAGUGAAGAUGAAGACGAUAAUGAUGACAGUAAUUUGCCAUUCAAAUGUUUUAUUUGUCGGCAGUCUUUUGUCAAUCCAGUCGUCACAAAUUGCAAACAUUAUUUUUGCGAGAAGUGUGCGCUCAGCCAUUUUCAAAAAUCACCAAAAUGCUACGUAUGUGAAUGUAAUACGAUGGGAAUCUUCAAAGUUGCCAAAGGUGAAAAUUUGAUAAGCAGUAAUAAAUGUAGAAGUUUUGGCACUGGGACUGAGGACGAGAAUUUGAUUGCAAAACUCAAAGAAAACGAGAUGAAACAGGAAGAUGCUCAAAGAACGCAUGGCAAUGAAUUUGAAGAAAUAAAGUUGGAAGACGAUGACUCUUGA